AUGUAUUCAGCUGAUCAGGCAUCAUCGCAUCUACUGGCGAUACCACAAUUUUCCUCAAAGAGCUUAACAUGGGGCCAUCUGCAGAAGUUCUCUGACGACUCUGCCAUCGUCGGCCUCAUCACUGACGAYGAUGACAGGGAAUACAGAGAACUGAUCAAGGACUUUGUGGACUGGUGUCAGUGGAACCGCCUCCAGAUCAACUCAGGGAAAACCAAGGAGCUGGUGGURGAUUUCCGCAGGCGCAAUCACACMCCCCCGACACCGGUGAACAUCCAGGGAAUGGACAUAGAGAGAGUGGACUCUUAUAAGUACCUGGGUGUUCACCUGAACAAUAAACUGGACUGGACUCAAAACACUCAUGCRCUUUACAGGAAAGGUCAGAGCCGACUCUACCUGCUGCGUAAACUUAGGUCCUUUGGAGUGCAGGGAGCGCUCCUCAGGACCUUCUUUGACACUGUUGUGGCAUCAGCCAUCUUCUCUGGAGUGGUCUGCUGGAGCAGCAGCAUCUCAACAGCUGACAGGAAGAGACUUGACAAGCUGAUAAAGAAGGCCAGCUCUGUCUUGGCUCAGGAGGGUCAGACAUGCGACCUCGGGGGGGUGAUCUACCGCAGUGGGGAGUCCUUCCAGCCCAGCUGUAAGCACCACUGUGUGUGCAUGAAUGGAGAAAUCGGCUGUGUGCCGAUGUGUGCCAGUGACAUCCGGCUGCCCUCCCUCGACUGCCCAUACCCACGCCGCAUCCAGAUCCCUGGGAAAUGCUGUGAGGAGUGGGUAUGUGAGCAAAUGCCUCAGGACCACCACUACCAGUCAGUGAUUGCCGGAGCCUCUCAGAUUCAUCCCCUGCCCUCUUCAAAUCCUGUCUCAGUCUUCAGACAGGCUUCUCCCUAUGAGCCACGACGAGAGAGUCACAAAGAUAAUUGCAUAGUCCAGACUACAGAGUGGAGCGAGUGCUCGGCCACCUGUGGCAUGGCCGUCUCAUCCCGCAUCACCAACGACAACCAGCGCUGCCAGCUGGAGAGGCAGACCAGGAUCUGCAUUAUCCGGCCCUGCAACAGCCAACUUGUGAAAGAAAUCAAGAAAGGGAAGAAAUGUGUCAGGACACCUAAGGCCCAGCACGGGAUGCACUUUGAGCUGUCAGGCUGCUCCAGCACCCGGCUGUACAAACCCAAGUUCUGCGGCGUCUGUACAGAUAAUCGCUGCUGCACACCUCACACCACAAUCACAGCCGAGGUGGAGUUCCGCUGUCCAGAGGGAGACGUCUUCAUGAAGAAGAUGAUGUUUAUCAAGACCUGCUCCUGCCAUCACGACUGUCCUCAUGAUAACGACAUCUUCCUGGCGUCCAAUACUCGGAGGAUGAUUGGGGAUUAUGAUAACAAUAUGUGACCAGAGAGUUAUGCACACACACACACACACACACACACACAUUGAAACACUUACAUCAGGACUGCAACAUGCGAACAAUCAAUCCCACAAUCUGCCUAUAAAACCACAUGCACAACCGUCAGUGUAAUCCAGACUUCAAGCAAUGGGUCAGAAAUUCAUUACCUUUCCUCCAAGAGAUUGUUAGUUUGCUUUGAGGAAAGAUGAUGAGGCCAGUGUUGUUAUGAAAUGUUUGUCUGGAAAACGUCUGGUAGGAGGCAUUACAAAAAUAGGAAUAUAGGCCUAAUAAUUUCUAAUCCAUCUGAGAUUUCCACAUGUUGGACAAUAUACACAUUUGGAAAAACAAUGCCCACACAAAUAUACAGAGUUUUCCCAGCCUCAACAAAAAAAAACAAUUUAGCCGUACUUGCUUCUGCUCACAAUCAAUCCUGCCAGGUUUAGAGAUGAAGGAGAGCAAGACGUGUUUAUUUUUCUUGAUUUAAUUAAUGUUAAGAUACAAACUGACGACAUACUGAUAAAGAAAUGUAUGGAAACAUAUCAGGUCUUACAUUUAAAAAAAAAAAUCUGUAUCAAAAGAUACCAUAAGGCAGCUGCUACUGACGCACCCUGGUAACAAGGGUUCGGUAACAGUACCCAACAAUCCAAGAAUCUCUGCGAAAACAGUCUCUGGCAUCAGAGGAUCUUUACAUCUGACUCCAGAAAGCCUCUUCGAUCAGAAACAAGGACUGCAUCUCCAAACGUACACUAGAAAGUACAACCAUCUGUUCUUCUCACGUGAUGAAAACUGGCACUGAACGGGGUCGUAAAAAGCAGCACUGAAGAGUGGAACUUUGAUCAAAAUUAUUUUAUAUGGUUAACAUGAUCAUAAAUGAAUUUCCAUUCUCAAAUAUAAAGACUAAUGCAUUUCUUCACUAAUCACAUACCAGGAUACAGUGUAGCCAGGCAAGUUGCGUUAGUGGACAUGACUUCAGAUAUAAAUACUCAAAUAUAAACAAAAGAAAUGAGCCAAGCACUUGAUUGUCUUUAUGUUUAAAUAAUGGCUCUUAAAGCUUUGUAAUUUCAAGUAUUGCACAAUCUUGAAAAUGUAGACAUUAACAGCACUGACAUUAUGACCAUUAUUUGUUACAUUGAGACUCAAAGGUCAUUUAGUUCUGAUCUUUAGAGAAUGAAAACAAUAUCACUGUGGGAUAUCAGUCUCUAAAGAUGUAUAGGAACACCUCAACUGCACUAUUGUUUUUAAAUCCUGAAAUGACAUUUAUUCUAUAUCAAUAAUUAAAGAGUGACCAACUUUUUUUUGGCAUUUACAGGAAAACAGUGAAUGCUGAAAAAUAGUGCAAUAGCUACAAUAAACCUCAUCUCAAGACCAAAUGUUAACCAAAGAUGACGUUUAAGUUACUAUUUUUUAUAAAGGUUAUGUAUUAUAUAUUUUUGCAAUUGUGGCCUAGGUUGUGAUGUUGAGAAACCCGAGUUGAAAAUGAAAAUCGAGCAUGGCCACUCUGCCAACUGAUUGUGUUGGCUGUAUUAAAAUGUCUUUCUGACUGUACAGGUAACACAAUGUGGGUACAUCAAUGAAAGUUGAUCAGAAAUUUCCAUUAAAAAACCUCCUGAAAUGUAAAGAAAAUGACAGACUGGGGGAAAUUGAGUUCCCUGGCAGCCACUGAAAAGCUCCUGGAGGAACCGUUCAUACCAAGACAUGCAGGGGAAACAAGUUGAAUGAAAUAUUUGCCUUACAUUUAUUAUGUCCUACUAAUUUCUGAAAGUAAUGACGAUACAGGAGUUGUAUUUAAAUAUGAUAUCACACAUUUAGUCUCUCUUUAGUCUGUUUUGACAUUGGUAUCAACCUGAGAAGCUGGAGGUCAGCUACUAACUGCUGAUUGGUCUCUUCAGUGUCCUUUGUCUUGUUAAUUCCAGUAGUUAUUUUAUUCUGACGCCACAGUCUAAAGACUAGUGGAGGGAAGAAAAAUAUGUAACAUGGCUAAAAUCAAUUUUACUCCCAUUAUUUACUGUAUAUUUAAAAAAUAAAAAAAGGACAUGGACAAAUUUAGCAUUUGCUUAAUGAAGCUUGUGUAUAUACUGUAAGACUGUGUACAGUUUUGUACUAUAAUUUAUAACGAUUUGUUUAAACACAGUAUUGUAGCUCUGUAACUGUAUCCUAUUGCUUUGUUUUUUCACUGUAGCCACCUGACUAAGAUACAAGUGAGUCAUUGUCUGUUGCACUUUUGCCUCUUUUUCAAUAAACAAAGUAUAUUUUUAUAGA